AUGGCGGCCUCGGUUCCUACUGUCGAAUGGCCAACAGACCCGCAACGCCCUACGGUUACGGUGGGGCCAUCCAAGUUGGCGUUACCCAUUCAUCACAUCCCGAACUUCAUUCCUCUACACUUCAUCAUCGUCGGUUGCGGGCUCGGGGGACUCGCUGCAGCGUACUCUUUAGGGCGAGCUGGACACCGAGUAACCGUAUUUGAGGGGGCGGCAAAGCUAGUGGAGGUUGGUGCUGGCAUCCAAAUUAGUCCCAAUGUUAGCCGCCUACUUAUUCGAUGGGGCUUGGGUGAAGAGUUGCGCGCCGCGAUGGUCAAACCACAAGCAAUCACCUUUCGUCGAUAUAAAACGGGUAGACGCGUAGGCUGGACUAAGUGGGGAACCACGAUGGAUAAUGACUAUGGUGCGCCAUACUGUCACCUCCAUCGAGCCGACCUGCUCAACAUGCUUUACAAACUCGCAGCGCCAUACAUGACCCUCUUCCUCAAUUCACGUGUCGUCAAGGUGGAUGCAGACCGUUGUUGUGUUAGCUUGGCAUCCGGCGCGUCUUUCUCCGCCGACAUCAUUCUUGGGGCGGAUGGUGUAAAGAGUAUGGUCCGCGAGGUCGUCGUUGGGAGACCAGACAAGCCGAUUCCCACAGGCGAUGCAGCCUACCGAGCAAUCAUCCCGACGUCAGUAAUGCUCCAAGACCCUGAACUGAAACCGCUCGUUGACUGUGCGGAGAUGACCGGCUGGAUUGGGCCUGGACGACACGUUAUGGCCUAUUGCCUUCGCAACAAGAAAGAGUAUAACCUCGUUAUGCUCCAUCCUGAUCGCGGUAUCCAAGCAGGAGAAGCCUAUGACGUUCCAGGCUCUGUAGAGCAGAUGCGUGCCGACUACGCUGGUUGGGAACCUCGAGUCGAGAAGCUCCUUUCGCUUGUUUCACACACACUGAUUUGGCCAUUACUGGACCGGGAUCCGCUCGAUACUUGGGUCCAUCCUACUGCCCCUAUAGCGCUCCUUGGAGACGCCUGCCAUCCGAUGCUUCCAUACCGAGCCCAAGGCGCCGCCAUGGCGAUCGAAGACUCAGCCUAUCUCGGUAUUCUCUUCUCGCAUAUAUCCUCCCGCCGCCAAAUUCGCCCUCUGCUCGAAGCUUACCAAGCUCAACGCUAUCCACGCACCACCGAAACACAGCUUGCGGCACGUGCGAAUCAGAAGAUAUUCCAUCUCCCUGAUGGACCUGAACAAGUGGCGCGCGACAUUUCUAUGCGUGAGGGCAUGGAAGACUCGUUGCGAGAGGCACGCAAGGGGGUGUCGAUGUCAACUUUAGACCCCAGUCGGUCCGUUGGGAACGCGAACGUCUGGGCAGACCAAAGAAAGAACCAGAUUCAAUUCGGAUACGAUGCUGAGGCCGAGGCCACGCGAUGGUGGAAUACCCAAGGAUACCAACUCGAAGCUGAAGAACUCGCUUUCAAGCUUUGA